AUGGCUUCCGAGUACAGAAUACAUAAGCCUUUUGUGCUGGCGACUCUUCCUCGUCCUUUGGACCAUACUGAAGGUCGCAUCGUUGCCCGAGAAGUCUACGGUUUGCGCGAUGGCCAGAAGAAGAGAAAGAGGACAGAAUUGGUUGUUGGUGUAGAUGGAGAGACUGCCAGUAUUUACGACGUUCCAGCUUCCAACUUGAUCACCUCGUAUCCUAUCCCACCUCAAGAAUCAUUUACUUGCGCUCCUUACUCUGUUAGAAUCCGACGAUCAGGCAACAACGAUGUUUCUCGAUACACAUACAUCUCAACUCGCGACUCUACCGGCCAAAAGAUCACACUCUUCAAGGACGUUGUACAACACGAUGGCAAGACAAUUUCUACCACGACUGCCUCUCCCACUCUCAAGACUUCAUCUGUUCGGUACAUUACUUGCGCUUCUAGUGUAUCCGAGACUGCAAGUGUUGGCGACGUGAUCGCCGUUUGCCAGAAUGGAGAGUUCGUUUCACUCUCCUCCGAGACCCUUGCGAUCCAGUGGACUUCGUCAUCGAAAACAGCCGUGCAAGACGCUGUCGCGACCCAGAUCGAAAGCUUCGAAGUGGACUACAUCACCUCAGGUACACUCGCCGAGUUCCGCGAAGGAAUCUUCAAGGAUAAGCCCGAGAUUUUCAGUGCGCUGCCCAAGACCCCCAAUUUCGAGCCAGAGCUGGUUGCGCUUGUGUCGAAAACCCUGAGCCAAGGACAGGAGAGCCGGCACUCAGUCAUUGUCGCUGUAGCCUCGAGCGCUUCCUCAACUCCCUCGGACAUUCAGAAGCUGUCGCCUCUCGAAAUUGCUCCGGUCGGUGCCCCAUCCCCUCGUGGCACUAAUAAAUCCACGUACCAGGUCGAUGUGCAGGCCGCAUUGCUCUUGCAGCUGCAGGAAGGGUCUCUCAGCAUUUACGACCUGACUACACCUGUCCCGAAGCUUAAGUCGGUCGUCCAAAUGGACAAUGCAACCUCUUUCGCUCGCCUGUCCCGACCAUUCGUCCUAUCAUGCUCACUCGAGUCUAUCGGCCUUUACAAUCACCAGUAUCGUUCGGUUCAUGCCAAUGCACCCCUUGAUCUGUCGGAAGUUUUCCCUGAGGGCGAGAAGCCCCAAUCAUGCCAUUUGAUCAGUUAUUUGAGAAGCCAGGAAUUGGUUGUUGCUCUGGUAGAUAACGUUCUUGUAUCAAUCCAGAUCGAACCUCCUAGGAGCCACGGCAAGCGACGCAAGCAGGGUCUUCUGAUCGACUCUAUUGGUCGUGGAGCUGCCACUGAGAUUCCUGCUAAGAGGAUCAAAUCGGAUAAGCUUGCAGCAGAAUUCUCCAAGUACGUUCCUGGCUCGAUGACGGAGAAGUAUAUGGCCAAGCUCCGCAAAGAGCUGGAGGUAGCCGACGGACAUCUUUCCAAGGGCGAUCUUGGUGAAUGGGAGCAGUUGCUCCGUAGCCGUUUCCAUGUGGGCUUGCGACGGGCCGCCGAAAGCAACGACGACAAGGACUCCCAAGAACUUCCUGAGUGGGACUGGCUGACAGGAGGAUCGUCAUAUGCCGUUGUUGACCGGCGUUGGGUUCUGUAUGCUAUUGGGCGAACAUUUUCCAUGUCUAUGACUGAAGCUGCGGAAGCACGACCCAAGCUGCAGCUCAUCCUACCCGACACAAAUGUUACGUCUUACCUUGUUGUUGCUGGACACCUGACCCUCUCCAACUUGAAGGCUGCUUUCAAGGACGAGUUCGAUGUAGGAGCUCUUGACAGUAAAGCCAUUGUCGAGGACCUCCUAACAAGCUUGACCGAUGCUGAUCCAUCAAUGACGUUGGUGUUGAACUAUCUCCAGGCUACACCACUCGGCGAGUUGGAGCUACUCCUUGCCAUCCGAGCUCUGAUGCUCAACCUUGGCGCCAUUCCUGAUUCCAAGAAGGCGGCUACUACCAAGCUUUUACAGAGUGAGGCACAUGAUGGGGCUGAAAAUUACGAUAUGGACCUCGACGAUCUUGAGAGGGAUCUUGCCAUCACCGAGUACUACCUUGGAGACGACAGCAGUAGCCGUGGGCGAGGACUCACGUUGGCCUUCGCUAAACUCUGGCGUCUGCCGGCAGUGAAUACAGUCAAGGCAAUGCGAGCUACGCUCAAGACAGAGGAGAUCCUCUCUUUAAUCCACACACUCCGAAUUGAGCUUUGCCGUGGAGCAUGGGUAACCAAGUAUCUCGAUACGACAACCUUUGAUACCGAAGGCGGCGACCCGCCUCCGGAUGGUGUGAUCGCUCUACUUACAGACCUAAUCAGUCGGUGCGUCGACGCUAUUGGCGCCGGAGGAUGGCUGUUGAACGAUGCGAUCUUGAGUGACAAGUCCGAGACCGGCGACCUACUGACAGGGCUGAGAAACGAAGUGAGGGUCGCCCUCGAAGGUCUCGAGGAGGCUGUAAUUCUUAACAGCUGGGUUAGCGAGACACUCCGAUACGGACAAGCUGUGCAGAAGAGCGGUGCUGGACGGCCAGUACGGAACACAAACGCGCCAGUUUCCAUGAAGCUGGAGGGCAAGGAGUCUCGACUGCUUCCUCUCGGUUUCAAGACGAAGCAACUGCCUAGCAAGAACAAGGUGGUGUCGGGUGGAGAGGUGGUGCAGCGCAGCACGCGAGAGACAGGCCACCUGAUCAGUCAGAAGGUGGAGGAAUACUCGCUAGAGAAGCUGGCAAUCUAA